AUGAAUAGAAUUCUUUAUCGCUUUCUCACUGUUAGGGAAGCUGCAGAGUAUUGCAUUGCUCUCCAUCUGAAAACCAAGUCCUGGAAGCAUACGCAUCUCCUCAAAACCAUUAAUCAAGUCCCCAGUUGGGCAUGGUAUAAUAUCUCAGUACCAAGUUCUAGUUCUACCCUUAUAUUCAGGCUUUCGUUCCGCGCUGCAUUGUUCUGGAAGUGGCAUUAUACAGGAUCUGCUGCUGCAUGGCUGCUGGAGUCUCGAUGUAUGUUACAACAACCAGACACUAAUGUGAUGUCUCUGGCUAUUGGAAUGGAAGUUUUGAGGUCCCAUCCUUAA